UUAAGUGGUGUCAGAUCUCUGGCACAUACCAGCAACAGUGUUUGUUGGGACUGCCUGUUUUUUUUGGGAGGCACAGACAGGCACGGAGAACAAGGGGGGUCGGAAGAACUGAAAUAGUCAUUUAUUUGAUCUUGUUUGCGGUGACGGAGGGAUAAGCAGUCCUACCUCCUGUUUCAUUUUUUAAGAACAUUUACUCACCCCUGUACCACUGUCCUGAGUGUGUCCGGGGUAAGCAAUGAGCAAACAGGAGACUCUGGCCAGCUGUAUUGCCAGGAUGUAUGAGGGUGGCAGGUUGGAGAAAUCUGGAACUCCACCCGGGACUGUAAAGAAACAGAGGCCCGCUCUUGUAGGUAACCUGAACAAUGUGGAGGUCAAGUUGAACGUCCUGGAAGGAAAGGUGGAACAAAUCGAAUGCGUCCAGACAGAAGUGCUCCAGAAACUGAGCUCAUUGUGCCAGGGGAUGGAAUCUUUGGAGAAAUGCCUUAUGCAACAUAAGCCGGGGGCUCAAGAAUCAAAUCUCAUCAAAAAUGGCCAACGGGACACAACAAACAAGCACCCGUUGCUUACUGAGGUCAGAUCAUUGUGUGGGGAAACUGUGGAUCUGCUUCAUGAUCUCAAGCAGGAGAGCCAGCAACAAAGAAAAAAGAUUGAAGGUAUUGAAAGUUCUUUGUCCACUCUGGAUAAAGUACUAAGGUAUGUGGGAGAUGCUUUCCGCAAUUCAAAGAUAGUGGAGUUCAUCCUGAAUGGUGUCGUGCCUUGGAGAAAGCAAGGCCUUCUGGAAACGGUGAAAGAAGAGAAAAACCAGCCAGAUGGCAACAUUGUUAAACACAAAGACCGAAGCACACAGACUUCCGAGGAUGUUAAAGAAGUAUUUUCUGCUGAACUCCACCAGCCAGAGGUCACUAUUCCCACUGUCCCAAAGCUGCCUUUUCCCGAUGCCCUUACAAAACCAAAUGAGUCUAUUCUCCUCGUCAGUAAAGAAGUUUCCAACAAAGCCUUGCGAAAAGCCAAAGAGGUCACCGCGAAAAGCAGGGAACCAGCACGUGUCCAAACAUUUGCUCCUGAAGACCUGGAAGCAGAGAAGUCUGAGGUGCACGAUGUGCCCAAGGAGGAAACUAAUAGCUCGCAUGCAGCGCAGACUAACAUAAAAUGUGUCAACGUGACAGCAGCGAAGGUGGAAGAAGAUGUAGUUCAACCAGAAAGGACUCUUGAACAGGUAGAGGGUUCACAGGUUGGUGAGGAGAAUGCGGUCAAGAAAACACCUCUUGAACAACAACAAGUGAACCUAAAGGCUGAUGAUCUUCAGGGACAGCCCGAAGUUUCACAAGUUGUUGAGGAACCUUCACUCAAGUCAGCAGAACUUUCCCAACAAGAAAAACAACUGGAGAAGAAUGUUGAGGUUUCUCAUAAACAUGCAGAAAUUUCCCAGGUCAGUAAAGAGGUUUUACUCAAACCAGCAGCUCUGGGACAACAACAACAACUGGUGCAGAUGGUGAGAGAACCUCAAAAAUCACCGCAAUGCACCAAAGAGCCAUCAAUAGAGGAUGCAAAGGCUAUUUCACAACAUAAAGAGACAGUGGAGACAUUAACAUCUCUGCCAAAACAUGAUGAGAGGACGCCUGACUUUGAAUCGGCUAUCAAAAGAGACCAAACUACGACUGAUGAGAAAAUUUUGGAGUCUGACAUUGUAAAAAACUGUGCUGAUCCCAUUUCACAGACAGCAGAGCCUGUUAAGGAAGAAGAUACAAAUUCAAGACCUUUGAGCAAAGCUGAGUCACAUUCACUGAUCAUUGAUGACUGUCCACCUCUUCCAGCCCCGUUUGAACAUCGCAUUGUCAGCGCCAAGCAGGUUUCCAUGAGUACAUAUUACACAGUCAGUCCCAGCGAGUUGCUGGGCGGAGGUCGUUUUGGACAGGUGCAUAAGUGUGCCGAGUUAUCCUCAGGUCUUACCCUGGCUGCUAAGAUGAUAAAAGUCCGGGGUAUGAAAGAGAGAGAUGAAGUGAAGAAUGAGAUCGGAGUUAUGAACCAGUUAAACCACGUGAAUUUGAUUCAGCUGUAUGAUGCUUUUGAAUCUCGGACUAACCUCACUCUCAUCAUGGAAUACGUUGAGGGUGGGGAACUGUUUGAACGAAUCAUUGAUGAGAAUUACCAGCUGACGGAGUUGGAUGCCAUUGUGUUUACCAGACAGAUUUGUGAAGGGGUACAGUACCUUCACCAGCAGUACAUUCUCCAUUUAGACCUUAAGCCAGAAAACAUAUUAUGCGUGAAUACCACAGGAAAUCAGAUCAAGAUCAUUGACUUUGGACUCGCCAGAAAGUAUAGGCCGAGAGAAAAGCUGAAGGUCAACUUUGGAACUCCAGAGUUCCUGGCACCAGAAGUUGUCAACUAUGAUUUUGUGUCAUUUCCUACAGACAUGUGGAGUGUUGGGGUCAUAACAUACAUGCUUUUAAGUGGCCUUUCUCCAUUUAUGGGUGACAACGACGCAGAAACAAUGAACAACAUUCUGCAUGCCAAGUGGGACUUUGACGCAGAGGCAUUUGAGAAUGUGUCAGAGGAAGCCAAAGAUUUCAUCUCCAGACUUCUUGUUCCUGCUAAAUGCAGCCGUCUGAGUGCAUCAGGCUGUAUGAAGCAUAGCUGGUUGAAUAACCUGGAGGACAAGGCCAAGAUGUAUAAAGUUCGUCUGAAAUCCCAUAUGAGGCUGCAGCGUUAUCUCGUUGCUCAUCGUCAGUGGAAGAAACAUUUCUAUGCAGUUGCUGCAGCUAACAGGUUAAAGAGGUUUCAGCAGGACAGAUCGGUCUCUACGCCGAAUUAGGUCUUUACCCGAAGGAAGUCAUCAGUACUCAGCCCCAUUUCUACAGUGGCUUUAAAGACAUACAUUUGCACACUGGUUUGUCUUAGGAAAUUUGUUGUAGGAAGUAUUUAUUAUGUGCCCCUGCCUGUGAAAACCUAGCUAAUGUUUCUUUUUGUGUGAUAU